GUACAAUUGCAGACCCACGCUGCCCAUCAUCAUGAGCCAUCAUAAUGAGCCGAGCCACAUCGCGGCUAUUAUGCUUUCUUGGCUAGACCUUGAGCUGAUUUCAUGCACAACAAUCCAAGGCCUCUGGGCAGGCUACGGCCACAUUUGUGCUAUUUCUGCCAAACCAGCCGCUAAUUGCGCGUCCGCAAAGUGGCAUCGUCUCUCCAAGGCUCAGGGGAAUGACCAAGACAGUGCUAUCCGUCUCGUCCUGAAAAUCGUCCACCCCCCCACUAAAACAGGAGAUGAAGGACAUCUUCGCAAGAUGUUCAGCUAUGAGGUCGAACAGUAUUUCUAUGAUGAAGUUGCACCUCACCUCGCUAGUAGCGGUGUUCCCGUGGCCCAGUGUUUUGCUUCGACACGAAGUAUGAAGCAAAAAGCCAUUGAUCACGGGAUUGACCACGUAAUGGCUACUCUACUGAACGAUUUGAGGCCCGAGUUCCCUGUUGCGGGUGAAAAAAGGGCAAUUUUAUCUGCCAAUCAGGUAUAUGCAGCUUUGGCAUGGCUGGCCAAAUUCCAUAGUAGCUCUUGGGCUCAUCUGCCUCAAGAUCUGAGCGAUUUUCUUCAACCACCACUUGAGGAAGCUAAGAAGCGUAAAGAAGACGCCAAAUGCGGUGGAUCAAACCUCUGGCUGAACGGUGGUUAUACUUAUCUCGCCACUAGGCAAGAAGAAUAUCGAUUGCUCGCUCAUGAUCACUUCUCAGAAUGGUCUGAUGUAUUUUGCAGUUCCGUAGAUGGCUUGCCAUCCCUUGCUGAAUCUGCCGCCGACUUUCUAAUCCCACGGGGCAGGCCGUUUGAGACAUAUAUCCAUGGAGAUGUAAAGUCUGAAAAUCUCUUUUCAACUGAAUCUGGCGAUGAUGUCGUGUUUUUUGACUUUCAAUAUGCGGGAAUCGGGCUGGGUGUGUGUGACCUCGCCAAGCUUUUCACUUGCUCUGUGCCACUCGGUCUUCUCACAAACCAUAAAUCGAUCCCUUCUUCAUUAAAAUUGGACGAAAAUGAGAAGAUAUUGCUCAAGCACUACUGGUCUAUCCUCAUGAAUAAUCGACCUCAGGGUGAUAUACCUGUAUAUGAAUGGGAUGUUUUUCUUCGGCAUUGGGAAACCGCACUUGUAGACUGGUGCCGAUUUCAGGCCUCGUGGGGUUUUUGGGGACAUACAGAAUGGUUAGAGGCUAGAGUUAGGUUCAUUACGCAAGAUGAAGGCUGGAGAGAUUGGCUUCAACGGCAGCUUCAAAUCUCCAGCAAUUAAAUCAGGCAUGGCUAUCCUGCUCCAAAAGAGCCGGGCUGGUAUUCUUCAUUUUCAUAAUGUAACACACGGCAUAUGCUUUCACUAGGUUACUAGGUAGCUUCAAACGGCUAGACAAAUUUGGGGAUCAAUGUAUAGUGUGUCAAAUGGGUAGGGUGGC